AGCUCAUCAGCACCUGAGGGCGCGCUCUCGCAAGGUAUAAAGUCGUUAUCCCCUUCGGACGGCUCGCAUAAAGGCUUUCUAACAUCCACCCCACAUUUCCGGCCGGCAAAAUGUCCUCACCAACCCCCACAGUCCACCAACCCCUCCACCCUUCUCUUCUCCCAGUUCUAGACCCCGAAUAUAUCUCCUUCCACAACACUCAUCUCGCGCAGCUCGUACCCUCGGAAUCGGUACCAUGGGACCCGGCUUCGCGUUUCGUAGCAUCACCAAUGCGAUUUGGCGCGCAGGAGAAAGUGCCGGUAGGGAGUACGCGGGAUAUCGAGAAGGGAGAUUGGCAAGCGAGAGUGUUCACACCUAAAGGAGAACCAGAGGAGGGGAAGUGGCCAUGUCUUCUGUGGUUUCAUGGUGGUGGGUGGGUGCUCGGGGGCUUGGAUAGUGAGAAUGCAUACUUGACGAGGGUAUGUCGAGAUGUCAAAUGCGUCGUCAUUUCUAUCAACUACCGCCACGCGCCCGACCACCCCUAUCCCGCCGCCGCAGACGACUCCUUCGCAGGACUUCAGUGGAUCGUCUCUGAAGAAGGAUCAAAAGAGCUAGGCAUCGACAUUGAACGGAUAGCCGUCGGCGGACUCUCUGCCGGCGGCGGCCUCGCCGCAACCGUCACCAUGCGCGCUGCCCUCUCCACUCCCCCAAUCCCUCUUCUCUUCCAGCUCCUCAUCUGCCCCGUCCUCGACAACACCGCCACCGCCGACUCCCCUACUUCUCGCUGGUACUCCAACCGGCACGCGCCCUUCCUUACCCCCAGUCGCAUGCUCAAUUACCGCAAUCUCUACUUCAAGAAUCCCGCCGACUGGGCAAAUUUCGACGCAAGUCCUAUCCUCUCUAGCUCAAAGCAGCUGGCAGGUAGUCCGAAGACGUGGAUUGGGGUCGCGGAGUGUGACUUGUUGGCGAGAGAGGCGGAAGAUUUUGGAGGGCUGUUGAAGGGGCAGGGUGUGGAAACGGAGGUGGUGGUUUACGAGGGGUGUACCCAUAGUCUGUUGAUGCUUGCUGGCGUUAUGGAGAAAGGAAGACGGUUAGUCAAGGAGUCUUGCGAGGCGUUGAAGGCUGCGUUGCAUUCGUGAACAGUUUUCACUAGGGAUAACGUGCUAUCAAACCCCAUAAUCCAACCACGCCUAAGAAUUCGGAAAAAGAACGCAAAGCUUGAAUGAAUUAGCCAACUUCUCAUGC